AUGUCUAUUCAAAACCGCGGUAAAUAUCGCUGUCAUCACUCGUACAUUUCUUUAGGUAAAGUAUUCACAAGGUUAAUUGGUUCAGUAAAAAUGAGUGAUGUAACGAUGAUACCACUUACUUCUGAAGAAAUUAUUGGUCAGUUGACACUAGUUAAAUCGAUGAAUCCUUUCAUAUUAUGCAGAAAACUUAAAUUCACUUUGGAACAUAACUCUUCUGGAUUACCAAUAUAUCUAGACAGCAGUACGGGUGUACUACGUGCAAGUCAAUCACUAUGGCAAAAACAAAAAGAUAAAACACUAUUACUAAGUGUCACUGUAAAAAGUAUUGAUCAUGAUAAGUUUUCAGACAGUGCGUCGGUUAUUAUCUCAUGGAAAGAUGAAUACGUAAGUGGAAACCAUAACAGCAAAACUGGUUAUGAUGAACGAGAUCGCGUCCCUGAAAAGGUUGAAAAACAAAUGCCAAAAUUAAAGAUAGCUACACGUUCAUUUAUCAGAUCACAUCCUAUUGAACUUGAAUUAACCCGAGAGGACAUCAAACCUACAGAGAAUGUUUGUCAUGGUCAAGCAUGGUCAAUUACUGCGAAGAUUAUAUUCCCGCCUGGUAACCACAAUGUUCAUAUUGAAUUAUUAGCACCAAGAUACGUUAAUGAUCUUUGUGGCUACGUCAAAUAUUUUGGGGUUUCAUUUAUUGGUCACCAUAUAAAAAUAGGUAAAAUCAAUUUAACUAAACUAAAUCAUCUUGGAACUACUCCUGAUGAUUCGGAGCAACUUCAACAAAUCAUAUUGGAAUUUGAAAACGUAGAAGUGGAAAAAGCAAUGAGUCCAAUACCCGAUCCAUUUAGUGUAUAUCUGAAAUUUGCUAUGAUAAUGUUGGAAACUGUUAGUUUGCCUGUGGACGCAAAACUGAAAGCCGUUAUUCUUUUGGGAACGAAGGACUUAGUAUUGAUUGGUUUGCUCAGAAUGAUAUAUUCGAAGACAUGUCCAACACUUCCAAUUGAACUCAAUAUUUCCUCGUACCCAAAGAAGAUGGUACCAACCGACAUCACUAUUGUGACUGCGGAUGUAUUUUUACCAAUCCUAAAUGAAAACUACACUUUUUCAGUUUAUUCAGUAGGUCAAUCGGCAACAAUCGCUUCAUUGAAUUUAGAAAAAGGUGAGGGAUUCAAUAAAUAUGAGGCUAAAUCUAUGAUGAAAACUACUCAAGAAGAAGUACUGAGUGAUUCAAUUAUCACUAAAAGAAUUGAUAUGUUUGUCGAAGAACUGCACGGACUUCUUUACCAUGCUUCAAGAGAAAGCAAGACUGUUAAGUUGGUUGUUUAUAUACAAAUAUUGAAUAAACCGUCAACUAGAGUGAUAAUUGGUUUUCGUGUUCACGCUUCUAACAGAAAAGUUAUCUAUGAAGAAUGUAAUAUACCGAUUGUUGCAAAUUCUAAUGACAAGGGGAAGCUCAAGUUGAAACAGAAAAAUUUUCCAUCCAAUUCAAUGCAAACAUAUUCACUAAAACUAAAAUUUAAUAAGUUUAUACUUGGGGAAAUAUGCUAUGCAACUAUUACAGAUAUUGGCACUGGAAUUAGGCAAAGGAUUAUUGGUAUGAGGCUGCACACAAGUUAUUCAACGCAUGGAAUAAAUAAAUUAAGAUCUGAAGCCACAGUUUAUCUGGGAUUAGUGGAAAACCCAACAGAUGACACAACUAAACACUACAUUACCUUAAAUGUAAAAAUAAAGCCCCAUCAAGAGAAGAGUUUUCCUAAUGUAUUCACUACACAACUAAUAACUGAUUUUAUUUUAAGUUCAGGUCAAAAAGAAACCUCAUCAUUGUCUUUUAAAGUUACUAAGUCUAAGCCACAAGUUAUUCCAUCCCAUAAAAGGCCUAUAGCUGUCCUAACUGUUCUCAAUCCAAUAACAAAUGUUCGUACAAAAAACUAUUAUACAACAGUUAAUGUUGGACGUAUUGAGCUACCUUCAGUUUAUAUACAAUCAUUUGGUAAUUAUACUAACGAAGAACGAUCAAUGACAAUAAAAUAUGUAAUACAAAUCAAUGAAAUUGAGGAUAUUAUACUAAGUCUUGAUAUUCUAUUUAGUGGAGAAAAGAUAACAAAAGAGAUCACAUUAUCACCUACAACUAAUACACCUCAAUCUGGACUUUCUUUAAAUGAACAACCAUCUGGACUACUACAAAGUCUUCUAAUUAGUCGUGCAGAUAAUUAUCUUCAUCCAGAUUCAUUCAGCAUUAUUAUGGCAAGUGUAGUCAUUUCUCCAAGUGCUAGACAACAAUGCUCUAUGAAAAUUGAAACAUCUAAAGUUCAGAAUGAAGUCAAUUUUAUUGAUCCUAAAAUUUUGGAUACUGGUUUGGCAAUAACAUCUCAUAAAUUUCAAUUUAAUGUAUCAAACAGCAUAGUAUAUAUAGGGAUUGGUAAUCAACAAUUUGAAGAUAAUCAACAAGCAAAUGGUGCGGUUACCAAAAACGAACCAACAUCUAUUAACAUUAUGAUUCCGUUAAACAUUACUUCCACCGUUUCUAAUUCCAUCGAUCUGAAGCUUGUUUUAUUUGGUGAAAAGCAAAAUUAUGAAUUCCCAUUUAUGUUUAAUAUUGGUCCUUUGCAGACUAUGCCACCUACUGCUCUCUUAUCAAUAACAUAUGAAAUUGACGCCAUAAACAUUGAUAAACAACCGGAUCGUACCGAUACGCCUCUUACUCCUGGUGAAAUUGGACGAAUUUACAAUCGAAUUUCUUUAAAUUUACCGAAAUGUGAAGAAUAUCAAAUAUCAUUUUCUACCUUACCUAACUCUCCAUGGCCAGUUGAUAUAAUUGAUAUCCUUAUUUUGGAUGUUAGUAAUUACAUUUGGAUUUCCGAUUUGUCAGAUUAUCAAGUUAUUAAAUAUAGUAGACCUGGUUCACUUACAACUGAUUUGGCUUCAGUCAAACUAAUGAUAUGUGCUCCUGCUGGGUUCGGAAAUGAGGUACGGGUUGAUGUACUUAUUCGUCCAUGGAUUCGAAACAAUAAUGAGAAAUUAAAAAGUCAGCAAAGUGUUACAAUCAUUGGAAAUGUAAAAAUUAACAGGAUUAGCUCUGAAUUUAAUCUCACUCCAUGUAUAUUUAACGUUUCUUCGGAGAAAAGUAUGAAACAAUACAUCCCUGAAAAUAAUAAACCUUUAAAUGCUAAACAGAUACUUAUCGUAUCGGCUAAUACAACGGACAACUUAUCUCCAGGAGUAGGUGAAACCACUAAAUUCACAUUCUUUAUUCAAGUCCCAGAAAAUUCUAAAUUGCCAGACUGUUCAGUUGUAUUUAGGUCCGGCUAUAGCAAUAUAAAUAAUGAGUCAGAAUUGACCAUUUUGAAUGUAGAUAUAGAAUAUGGAAAUGUAUUUCGAAACUCACAACGAGAGAAAUUUAGAGUUCAAUACACAUCCAAGUAUCUUAAUGGACAGAAUGAUACAGCAUCAGUUGAUUUUGGCAAUCUGGUCAACCCAAGCAAUUUCAAUGAACACUCUAAAAGUAUCAUAAGAAUUAAUGUCAUUGCUCGUGUGUCCGAUAGCAGAGUGAUAAACAGUGGAUCAAAAACAAAGUUAGGAAUGACAGCAAAAUUUGGAAGCUUGUCAGGAACUACAGAAGUUUUUCAAGUAAUCAAAAGAAAUGGAAAUGAACGAGCAAUCAUUUCUAUGAAUUUACAGGAGAUACAUGAAACUGGAAAAGAUAAACAAUUACCUCAACAAGUUAGCCCAUACAUCAGUAGAUUCAUGAGUAAAAGAACCGUUACACUUGCUAGCACAAAUUUCAUCAAUAUUACAAGGAAAAAAUGUGGUAAUGUUGUAAAACUUACAGAAAAGCAAAAUAUUCAUAACUGUUCAGUUAAUUCAUUGUCUACAUUGAGCGUACAUGACACUGUAGGAGGAUCACAAUCAAAUUCUCUUAUUUCACAUCAACCUAUAACCAUUCUCUUCGAUCAAUUAGUAUAUAUGAAGGAGAGUAUAAAACAACCGUAUAUGGAGAAUAUAUACUUUAAUCCUCUACUUGCUACAAGAGGAUUACAUUUUAUUACUAUUGACGCUCAAGAUAAUACGCGAAAUGCAAACUUUUCAGUUGAAGUUUAUGGUUGUAGUGCUAUUUGGGAUCCUCUAAAAUUCGAUCCUUGUUCAAAAAAAUUUGUUGAAAAAAACAAUGAAAACAAACCCUUAAAAACUAUGUUAAUGACUAAAGAAUUUAUCUUCUAUUGUGAAGUAUCACCGCUGAAAAUCAGAAACAUUACGAAUGAAAAGCAUUGUUUUAUGAUUACAGGACCAUUUCCAAUUACUCUAACAGACAUGGGACAUGGAAUAAACGAAAUUAUAAUGUUACUAAAACCAAGUAAUGUUAUCGUGGGAAGAAACAGUCGUAAUAAUAGUACACUUAUAAGUGAGAAUAUGGGAAAGUCAUGGAUAGUUACAAAUCAAUGGAAAUUGAAGAAUAUGUUGUCACAAUCAUCUGAGAUUAUUAAUUCUUAUGAAACUCCGUGGUUCAAUAUUCAAAAUAAAUCCUGUGAUGACUUUACUAUCAGUCUAUGCAAUCCAGGUGGUGAUCCAUGGAAAUGCCUAAAAAUGAUAUUUUUAACCAACAACAUAAUGAACAUUGAACCGAGUGUGAACCCUUCAAACCUACAACUUCUCGUGACGAGAAGUGAUGCAGCUACCAAUACAUUGUGUCCGACUGAAGUAAUAGCACUAAGUGUUCAGCUUGGUCUACCUGCUGGUACAACUGCAAUAACAGUUGAAUUGUUUGGUCCUACUAAAGAUACUAUAAUCUACGGUUUUGUUGAAUUUAUUGAUAUUUCAUAUAUUGGAGUAAGAGUUUCAAACAGGGAUUUUUCAAUUGGCGUACGAAACACGACUAUAGAAACUGAUUACGAAUACAAAAAUACGUAUACAGCUGUUGAUUUAUCAAGUAUCACAAUGAUAGAUAUACCAAAUGUUGUAGAGAAUUAUAGUUUAACAUUGCGUUUUGCUGUUGGUUUAUGGAGUAAUAAUUCAAUAGUAGAUGGAAUGCAGUUUAUUUGUAACUGUAAAGUUUCUGACGGUAUUUCAGUGGUAACCAGUACAACUACAAUCACAUCACGUAAAUUAUGUACAGUUUUUCAACCAGAAUUAAACAUGUUAUCUAAUUUUCCAUACAUUGUACCGGGAGAUAUAUUACUGUUUCAAGCAGAAGCAUAUUUUACAUUUGAAACCGGAAAUUAUACGUUCACAGUAUAUAUAAUCGGUUCCUCAUCUACUAUUAGCAACUUUGAAGUAAUUCUAGGUAAUGGGAUGAACUAUCCAGAAGGAUCUGAAGUCAGGCAAUCCGAAGAUGAGCUAACACUUACAAAGCAAAUUGAUGUACAAAUGAAAGGACUUAAAAAUAAAAAUGCUAGAGCGACAUAUCUGACUAAAUCAAACCGCUCAGUGAAAUUAAAUGCAUAUAUACAAGCUGUAACAUACCCAUCAACGAGAGCAAUAGUUGGAUUUCGAUUCCGUUAUUCUCAAGCUGAUGUAAUUAUUCGUGAGCUUCAAAUACCUAUUAUAGCUAAUUAUAGAAGCUUUAUAAAUGCUUCAAAUCCUACUUUCAACUUUUCAGGAAUUUCAAAUCCAGCUAAAGUUGAAACAUUCGCUGAAGUUUUUUUCAGUCUUAGACUUCCUCCUUCAUCAAAACAGAUUUAUGCUGUAGAAGUAGGCUUUGAUAACGUUUCUUUGGGUGAAUUCUGUUAUUCUACCAUCACAGAAGUUGGAAAAGGGAUCACAAACAGAAUAACAGGGAUGAGAUUGUAUACGGAAUAUAUGACUCAAAAGCUAACAAUGCUUCGAAGAAUGGCGGUAAUAAAUCUUGGAGUAUUGGAAAAUCCAUCAGCAAAUAAUACAGAGUAUUAUGUGAAUUUCAAAAUAAUUGUAAGACCAUCCAUAGAUAAAGCUUUUCCAACAAUCAGUGAAACUCAAAUUAAUGCACGAGUUUUUAUUACGGGUACACCUCAACAACAACAACAAUCAAUUGUAUUUUCUGUUGUCGAUGAGCCAAUUUUACCGAUUACAGCAAAUAAUUCACCCAACGUGAACCUUUACAAAACCGAACCUGCUCUAAGUGAACCUAUGGACGCAUAUAACGGAAUUCUAUUUGCUGAAAUUUCUUGGGUUGAACAAGUGAUCUAUAGUCCCGUCAAGAUUUUACUUAGCAUUGUAGGUUCCGGAACAGCAUUAACUGAAAUAACAUUUAUUUCUAUUGGAAGCAACACUGGUAUAAUCGAACUUCCCUCUGUAUAUGUUGUUCCCACUCCUUAUAAAUAUGACAAUAUACUAGUCAUCAAGUAUUCGGUUAAAAUCGUCGGUACAACAAAAUUCAAAGUUAUAUUAGAUGUUAUAACUGGAGGAUAUACAGCAACUAGUCAGGUUAACUUCGCACCGAUUGCUGCCGUAUCACCUCCGCAAUUGAAUUCUCAGCAAAAAUUAUUCCAACAACUAUUUGUUUCUUACUUCUUGGUAGAUCCUGACGAUAAAUAUUGA